UGUGUCACUGCUCAGAUCUGAAGUAUACCCGUUCUGAAAUUAUUUUAUUACUAACAAAAAUAUACAACAAAAAAGCAACAACAAAGUGUGUUCCGUAAAGUAGGUCCGUGGUGCUCAGUUGUUGCUGCAGCUUGAAGCGCUGCAGAGCUGUUUUCCAGCACAAUCCAUGGCAUCCCAGGAGUGGAUGAGGGCGCGCGGCCGGCGGCGGUGGCGGGGCGCGGCGUGAGAUGGCCCAGCAGCCGCCCUUCACCCUGCCCUGGGGGCUCCACUACCAGCACAGGGAGGGGGGUCUCGCGAGCUCGGCGAGCGUGGGUCCGAGCCCGCAGCGACGCGAGCCGCUCGGCAGCUACGACCAGCACCAGGCUGCGUAUGCGCACGCUCGCCACCACCCGCUCGCCCACACCAUCCUGCCGCACACGCAAUGUAAAGGAGAAGAUGAACCACGGCCUGAUUACAGAGAACACUACCACCUACACAGAUGUGGUGCAGCGUACAGCAAAUGCUCAGAGGAGGCGGAGGAGGCGCGCGACAGCAGGGAGGAGGCGGUGUCCAGCAGCGCGGAGCACCACCAGCACUGGGACGAGAAGAUUGUGAGCAGUUCUCACUGUACGGCGCCGGCUGCAGCUCGGAGCGAGGCGGCGUCACCACACCAGCACGUUACCACCACGCACGCAGGUGGGGGUCGCCGUGGGGCACUACAACUAUGGCAGUUCCUCGUGUCGCUGCUGGCAGAGGGCGCCCGCUGCGUGGCCUGGACUGGACGAGGUCUGGAGUUCAAACUUCAUGAACCUGAGGAGGUGGCGCGACGGUGGGGCGCGCAGAAGAAUCGUCCAGCGAUGAACUACGACAAGCUCUCGAGGUCCUUGCGGUACUACUACGAGAAGGGAAUCAUGCAGAAAGUCGCCGGGGAACGUUACGUGUACAAGUUCGUAUGCGACCCGGAGGCCCUGUUCAGCAUGGCGGCGGGCGCCAGCUCGUCAGUGGCCGGCGGUCCCCGGGCGAGGUCCCCGCCCGCCCAGUACGACGUGCUCUCACUGUACGGGGGCGUGUGUCCCCAGUACCUGCCGCACCACGACCCCCGCCGCUACUAUCACCACGUGGACCAUUUGGGACAUUAUGACACGUGAACUGGUGGUGUCAGUGCGGUCUUUGUAAAGUAUUAUUAAUUCGGGUACAUCCGGAUUUUAUCCACAUCAUUAGGAAUUAUCUGGAACUAUCUAGGUAUAACCGAAAAUAUCCGGAUUUAUUCGGAAAUAUAUUAAUUUAUCCAAAAAUAUUAAGGUAUUUUCCCGCUAAAUAAUUUAUCUAUAUUGUUCCCUUAAAAACAAUCAUGUGUCUGCAUGAAUGGGAAUUUGCAAUAAAACCCACUUUGUUUUUUUAUAUUUCCGAAUUUAAAUGAAUGUAUUUUCAAAUUAUAUUUAGAUUUUUAAUUUGUCCAUAUUUUUCAAUUAGAAUGAGUGAUCGAAGUAGAUACGUAAGUUUGUGAGGAAGUGCGCCAUUUGUAAUUUCCAUCCUAAUUUAUCCGGAACAAUCCACACUUGUCCAGAAAAAACCGAUUUUUUAAAAAAACGUCUGAAUUUCUCUAGUUUUUUCUUUCUUCGGUUUGCCAAUGAAAUUAUUAAUUAAACAUAUUUUUUGAAUACUAGGCAGCAUGAUCAUUGCCCUUAGCCUGUUCCAUAUGGAAAAAUCCACAAUAAAAUAAACAUGUCUAUACAUGGGUAUAUAUGGCUUAGUUUUUUUUUGAUGGGUGGAAAUGGUAUGGUAACCCCGCCCGCGCUAACGGGAUACGCUGGCGGAGCACCAGUGAAGGGUGAUAGAUGAGAAUGAAAACAGGCCAGUUAGCCCAUCACGAUGAAUUCAUCAGGAAUUAACCAUGAUAAUUUACAGGGGGAACCGCGAGGAGGUUGACCUGGUUGAGUAUAUUGCUAGCAAUGGGAUUCUCAGUCUCCAUUACUAACAAUCCCUUUCCCCCCUAUAUGGCUUAGUUCCUUUGCCUUUUCAAUUGUUAAUAAAAUACAACUAGAGAAUCGUGUUCCUUCAUGUGAAGCAAUCUAUAUAAAGUUAGUUUCGCUCAGCUCAGCUCCCAGUAUGACUUACAACUAAACCAAGUGACUACGCUCUAUCACUUGGGUGUGUUUGUGUUUUGUACAAAAUAAAGUAAUAAACCAUAAUACCGAUGAUAUUUGUAGGGGAAUGAGUCGACAGUUUGCGCCGUUCGAAGCGACCUCCAAGGAACUGUUUCAUUAAACGAAUUGCUAUUUAUCGAUCGUAAUGUUAAAUAAUACAUUAUUCCUUUAUCUAUGGUAUGGUAAUAUAUUUAUUAAAGUAAUAGUAAUAAAAACGUGGUAAACUAACAGCCGGACACAGGGUACGUGUAAUCUGUUCUGAUACAACUUAUUGGGCACUAUGAGAUUGUGUUUUACGCCUAUACGACUUUAAAAAGACGUCACUCUUUGGUCAUUUUGAUAGAUAGAUGUAUGUAUGUAUUACUUUAACACAACAUACAGUGAAGGUAACAAAAUUUACAACUAAAUAAAUUAAUUAUAUCUAUCUAUCUAUCCUAUUUAAGAGCUGCACUCUUGUCGGUGGAGCUCUUGCCGCUCACUACGAUUGUCAGCGAGUCUCUUCACCUCUUGAUACGACACGAUACCAACUCUUUCCUUGAUGUAACUAUG